ACAAAUCUCUACUCCGUUGCGACGAGAAAGUUUCUCGUUGUUGUACUGUAGUCCCGUAGUAGUGUGUACCACUUAGUUCUACUGUAAUCGUAGGCUAGGUAGCUGUAAUAACCUACGUACGUACUCCACUAAGUAGCAGAGUGAUUCCUUUCCCAAUCGCCGUCCAUUGACCGACCUGAGAACGCUGGUAUCAUGGAGGGAGUCGACGCGAAAAAGUUAUUCGUGGGAGGGAUAAGCCAGAUGACGGACAAAGACAGUAUGGAGGCGUACUUCAGAAAGUUCGGCAACGUUCUGGAGGUGGAGAUAAAGAAGGACCACGAGGAAGCUAGGCAGGACCCCUCCAGCAAGAGACACCGUGGUUUUGGAUUUGUGACGUUUGAAAGCUCAGACUCGGCUGUCAGCGUUCUUACGCAUCCCAUACCACAUCUUCUCGACGACAAAAGGAUUGACCCAAAGCCGGCUGAGCUGAAACCGGCAGCUCCGAGGCCAAUGCAGAUGGGUAUAAACCAAACAUCAGGGGGUGAAGACUGCGAGAAAAAGAUGUUUGUCGGCGGAAUAAGUGCUGGAACCACUGUAGAGAAUGUCAGGGACUACUUCGUCCACACCUAUGGUGUGACGGAGGUUGAGGUGGAGUUCAAGUAUGACAAGGCAACCCAGCGGAUGAGGGGUUUUGGAUUUGUGACGCUGGAUUCACCAGACCAAGUUACCCGAGUGUGCCAAAAACGCUUUCACGAAAUCAAUGGAAAAUCGGUGGAGGUGAAGAAGGCUCAGCCUCGUCAGGCGACGGCUAGCGGCAUGGCCCUGGCUCAGAUGAGGCAAUCUCAGCAGAGUGUUUCCCCCUAUGGCUAUCAGGGCUAUGGUGGAACAGAUUAUUCUCAGACAAACGGACAACAAGCCUACCAACAAGCAUUCUAUUCCAACGGACAGUACUACGGAUACGACACUACAGCAGCUGCACAAGCCGCGGCAGCGGCUGGUUAUGGUCAGUACGGAGGAGCAGCAGGAGGUGGUUAUGCAGGUUACGAUCCUUCUGCCUAUGCACACAGUCAGUCGUCUGGUGGGUCAAGACAGAACACGCAGAACUACUAUCAGCAGCAUGGAACCCCAUAUGGCCACGGUGGAGCUCAGCAGCUGCAGACCUCCGGCUACAGGCAAGAUGCCAGUGCCUACACCGCCGCUAGAACAACCAGCUACACCUCCCAAGAGGCAGCUGCUUACGGAGGUCAAAGUGCAUACGGAGGGGGCGGAGCUUCAACAGGUGCCCAACAACCCACUGGACACUACCAACCUGGCAGCAGUAGCUAUGGAAACCAAUGAACCACACCCCUACUUAGAGAGCGAACGCAACAAACAUCAGUUAUAUCCCACACACGACUUGACAACAAAAUGUUAUUUUGAGUGAUUGAAAAGAUUGUUGCAGUUAUUAUAAUAAACCAAACGUGUCGAAUUCACUGAUGAAUGAAUGAAUAAAUUAAAAAAUGACGUAAUUUUACAUGAUUAUCUCCACGUCAUUUUAACCCCAAAGAGCCAGGCCUUUACAAACUCGUAAGUCACAAAAGCGAUGGAGAUCGAAGGAGCAACUUUGAUGACAUUGGGCAACAUCCCUUUGUAAAAUGCCAACACCCCUUCAGUCCUGUACAUCGUGACCACCGCAUGGGGCGUACUGCG